CAAAAGAGAGUGGGUCGAAACCUGACUGUCAAAUCUACAUAUUCUCUCUCUCUCCCUCUGAAGAUUCGUUUCACUCGCCGAUCAUUAUUCAUCUCUGCUUUUUCAAUCUCUUUCCUUUGCCUCUCUCUACCACAAUAUUGUUCUCAGAUAUUAUGUUCUAGGGGUCUGAUUCUUUCUUCACCAACAUAGAGACAGAGAAAUGGAAGUUAAUGGUGGUAGAGAGAUAGAUGGCAAAGUUAUGCAGACAUUUCAAAAGAGUUUUGUUCAAGUUCAGAACAUAUUGGACCAGAAUAGGCUGCUAAUCAAUGAGAUUAAUCAGAACCAUGAGUCCAAAAUUCCUGACAAUUUGAGCAGGAAUGUUGGUUUAAUUAGAGAACUCAACAACAAUAUCAGGAGAGUGGUUGACUUAUAUGCACAUCUUUCAGGUAAUUUCAAUAAAUCAAUGGAUGUUUCAUCUGAAGGGGACUCAACUGCUACACACAAAAGGGGUAGGCCUGUUUAAAGAGAAGAUGAAUUUUAUUAGAUUGUAUUAUAAACUCUUUAGUCUACUUUCUUUAGUACCAAAUUACAAGAGAAAAUAAUGACACCCAAAUUCUGUUAAUGUCUACCUCCAGAUCUAAUUGAAAGAAGAAUGUCUAUAUCUUCUACUCUUUCUGCCUUUAAUUUGUGGUAAAUUCUUGAUUGAGGAGUAGUAGUUGUUGUUGUUCAUAAUUAAAAUCAAAUGACAGGUUACUGUUCCCUUUUUCUAUAUUUUGAUACACUACUUUUUAUUUGAA